CGCGCUGUCACGUGACGUGCGUGGCGACGUGUCGGCCAUCUUGUGUUGUUGAGGCUGAGGACUGACUUGGUGUAUGAGAGACUCGCCGUCCCGGACCGCAGGUGUUAAGAGGACCUGAACAAAUUCUGCUCAAUCCUCCUGCUGUGAACCAGCAAAAGUUUUGAACAGGUUUUUCUACAUAUAAAAAUCCAUUGUAAAAACACAGAAAAGAAUGGCAGCAGAAACGCAGACUCUGAACUUCGGGCCUGAAUGGCUCCGAGCUCUGUCCAGUGGUGGGAGUAUUACAUCUCCUCCUCUUUCUCCUGCUUUGCCGAAGUAUAAGUUAGCCGACUAUCGAUACGGUAGAGAAGAAAUGUUAGCACUUUUCCUUAAAGACAACAAGAUACCUUCAGACCUUCUGGAUAAAGAGUUUCUGCCAAUCCUCCAGGAGGAGCCCCUGCUACCCCUCGCUCUCGUCCCCUUUACAGAAGAAGAACAGAGAAACUUUUCCAUGUCUGUAAAUAGUGCUGCUGUCCUGCGGUUGACAGGACGAGGAGGAGGAGGAACAGUGGUGGGGGCUCCUAGAGGUCGAAGUUCGUCACGAGGGCGAGGAAGAGGCAGGGGUGAAUGCGGAUUCUACCAAAGAAGCUUUGAUGAAGUAGAGGGUGUAUUUGGUCGAGGAGGUGGCCGGGAAAUGCAUAGGUCGCAGAGCUGGGAGGAAAGGGGUGACAGAAGAUUUGAAAAACCAGGACGAAAAGAUGUAGGGAGACCAAAUUUUGAGGAAGGUGGACCAACAUCGGUGGGGAGAAAGCAUGAAUUUAUACGAUCAGAAAGCGAAAACUGGCGUAUCUUUCGGGAGGAACAAAAUGGAGAAGAUGAAGAUGGAGGCUGGCGGCUAGCUGGAUCCAGGAGGGAUGGAGAGAGGUGGCGACCCCACAGUCCCGAUGGCCCCCGUUCUGCAGGUUGGCGGGAACAUAUGGAACGGCGGCGAAGGUUCGAGUUUGAUUUCCGAGAUCGGGAUGAUGAGCGGGGUUACCGGAGGGUGCGCUCUGGCAGUGGAAGCAUAGAAGAUGACAGGGAUAGCUUGCCCGAAUGGUGCUUAGAGGAUGCUGAAGAAGAAAUGGGCACAUUUGACUCAUCUGGGGCAUUCCUCUCUCUCAAGAAAGUCCAGAAAGAGUCUAUUCCAGAAGAGCAGGAAAUGGAUUUCCGGCCUACAGAGGAAGGGGAGGAGUGCUCUGAUUCUGAAGGUAGCCAUAAUGAAGAAGCCAAAGAACCCGACAAGACAAAUAAGAAAGAGGGAGAGAAGACAGACAGAGGAGGGACUGAAGUUAGUGAAGAAGCAACCCAAACCUCCUCAUCUGCUGGACCAGGUACUCCUUCAGAUCAUCAACCUCAGGAAUCAGCACAGUUUGAGAGGACAGAGGACCCCAAAACUGAGCAAACAGAAAAAAGUGAAGAAGAGAGUCGGACAGAAAAUAGUCUGCCAGCCAAAGUACCCAGCAGAGGGGAUGAAAUGGUUCCUGAUGUCCAGCAACCUCUGUCACAGAUUCCUCCAGAUACACCAUCUCCUCUUCUCAUACUUCCACCUCCUGCUCCCAAUCCUAGUUCUGCCCUCCGGGCAGUUGAAACACCAGUUGUAGGUGCUCCUGGAAUGGGCAGUGUUUCCACAGAGCCAGAUGAUGAAGAGGGUCUCAAACAUUUGGAACAGCAAGCUGAGAAGAUGGUGGCUUAUCUUCAAGACAGCGCACUAGAUGAUGAGAGACUGGCAUCAAAACUACAAGAGCACAGAGCUAAGGGAGUUUCCGUUCCAUUAAUGCAUGAAGCAAUGCAGAAGUGGUAUUACAAAGACCCUCAGGGAGAAAUUCAAGGUCCCUUCAAUAAUCAGGAGAUGGCAGAAUGGUUUCAAGCAGGCUACUUUACUAUGUCCUUAUUGGUGAAGAGAGCAUGUGAUGAAAGCUUCCAACCUCUUGGUGAUAUCAUGAAAAUGUGGGGAAGGGUUCCAUUCUCUCCAGGUCCAGCUCCCCCUCCUCAUAUAGGGGAGAUGGACCAGGAACGUCUGACCAGGCAGCAGGAACUCACAGCCUUAUACCAAAUGCAGCAUCUUCAGUACCAGCAGUUCUUAAUACAACAACAGUAUGCCCCGGUUCUCAGUCAACAACAGAAAGCAGCACUGUCUUCCCAGCAACAACAGCAGUUGGCACUUCUUCUUCAACAGUUCCAGGCUCUGAAGAUGAGAAUAUCUGACCAGAACGUCAUUCCCUCAGUAACUAGGUCUGUGUCGGUGCCAGAUACUGGUUCCAUCUGGGAGCUUCAGUCAACAGCCUCACAGCCUACAGUGUGGGAAGCUGGUAGUGUGUGGGACCUUCCCCUGGACACCACGACUCCAGGCCCUGCCCUCGAGCAGCUUCAGCAGAUGGAGAAGGCCAAAGCUGCAAAGCUAGAACAGGAGAGGAGAGAGGCAGAAAUAAGGGCAAAACGUGAAGAAGAGGAACGAAAGAGGCAAGAAGAACUCCGGAGACAACAGGAGGAAAUUCUUCGGAGACAACAGGAAGAAGAAAGGAAAAGGCGUGAGGAAGAGGAACUUGCCAGGAGGAAGCAGGAAGAAGCUCUGCGCCGACAGAGGGAACAAGAAAUUGCAUUAAGGCGACAGCGAGAAGAGGAAGAGAGGCAGCAGCAGGAAGAAGCUCUAAGAAGACUAGAGGAGAGGAGAAGAGAAGAGGAAGAGAGGCGGAAGCAGGAAGAGUUGUUACGCAAGCAGGAAGAGGAGGCUGCAAAAUGGGCCCGGGAAGAAGAAGAGGCUCAGCGUCGGCUAGAAGAGAACCGGCUACGAAUGGAAGAGGAGGCGGCCAGACUCCGGCAUGAGGAGGAGGAGCGGAAGAGGAAGGAGCUGGAGCUCCAGCGGCAGAAGGAGUUAAUGCGCCAGCGGCAGCAGCAGCAAGAGGCUCUCAGGAGGCUGCAGCAGCAGCAACAGCAGCAACAGCUGGCACAGAUGAAGCUCCCCUCUUCUUCAACGUGGGGCCAGCAGUCCAGUACCACAGCAUGUCAGUCCCAGGCGACGCUGUCAUUGGCUGAAAUCCAAAAACUAGAAGAGGAGCGAGAGCGGCAACUUCGGGAAGAGCAAAGGCGCCAGCAGAGGGAAUUGAUGAAAGCUCUUCAGCAGCAGCAGCAGCAGCAGCAACAGCAGCAGAAACUCUCAGGUUGGGGCAAUGUCAGCAAACCCGCAGGUACCACAAAGUCUCUCCUGGAGAUCCAGCAGGAAGAAGCCAGGCAAAUGCAGAAGCAGCAGCAGCAGCAGCAACAGCAGCACCAGCAACCAAACAGAGCCCGGAAUAACACGCAUUCCAACCUGCACACCAGCAUUGGGAAUUCUGUUUGGGGCUCUAUAAACACUGCUCCCCCGAACCAGUGGGCAUCUGACUUAGUCAGUAGUAUCUGGAGUAAUGCUGACACUAAAAACUCCAAUAUGGGAUUCUGGGAUGAUGCAGUGAAAGAGGUGGGACCUAGAAAUUCAACAAAUAAAAAUAAAAACAACGCCAGUAUCAGUAAAUCUGUAGGUGUGUCUAACCGGCAGAAUAAGAAAGUAGAAGAAGAAGAGAAGUUGCUGAAGCUCUUUCAGGGAGUAAAUAAAGCCCAAGAUGGAUUUACCCAGUGGUGUGAACAGAUGCUUCAUGCCCUUAAUACGGCAAAUAACUUGGAUGUUCCCACGUUUGUUUCUUUCCUGAAGGAAGUAGAGUCUCCUUAUGAAGUCCAUGAUUACAUUAGGGCCUACUUAGGAGAUACCUCUGAAGCCAAGGAGUUUGCCAAGCAGUUCCUCGAGCGCCGUGCCAAACAGAAAGCCAGCCAGCGGCAGCAGCAGCAGCAGCCUCAGCCUCAGCCUCAGCCACCGCAGCAGGACUCUGUGUGGGGGAUGAGCCAUAGCGCACUCCAUUCAGUAUUUCAGACCAAUCAAAGCAACAACCAACAAUCCAGUUUUGAAUCUGUACAAAGUGGCAAGAAGAAGAAAAAGCAGAAGAUGGUCCGAGCAGAUCCCAGUUUACUAGGUUUUUCUGUCAAUGCCUCAUCGGAGCGACUCAAUAUGGGUGAAAUCGAGACUUUGGAUGACUACUGAGCACCAGCCAGGGGACUGGCUUCCUCCUCUCUGCUGACCAUGGAUACUCCACCUCUGGACACAACACUCACUCACCCACUUCCUCUGUCGCCCUGCAGCAAGUCACGGACCCGAUCAUCUCAGGCCUUUUCUUCUAGCCCUUUGUGUCCAAGAUCCUUAGACCGUUUUGUCGGCGAGCACCUCAAAUCAUAGCUAAGUGGACCGACUGGACCCUGCGUUUCAGGGUGUCCGUUGGGCUUCCUCCCCGACGAGCUGCCAUGGGCACCGCGUGUUCACUGUGCCAGGAUUUCAUCCUCUGUCCCCCUGAAAGUAUGUUAGCAUCUGCCCAUAGCAAUUCACCUUCUUCUGUCACUCACUUUUCCUUCUGGAUUUCUUUCUCCCUCCUCUUCUCCUCUCAUCCCCCCUCCUCCCCACCAAGGGCAAAGGGGCUGACUGGUGCAAUCAUGAAGAGCUCAUGGUGGCAGGCAUUGUCCACCAGCACCACAGACUGGCCUGAGUGUCUGGUGGACAGCCAGCCCUCCCAGUCUGACGGCUGCUAGCUUCAGGGUUGCACCUGGGAGGCCCCACAUGGGCUGGAGUGGAGAUUGCAUUGGCUUGAAGUCACACACCCCGUACCUUUCCUUGCUGAGCGCGCUUUCGAAGAAAGCAUUCGUUUUCCUCAGUAGAUAGUGACCUCUCCUGUACUGUGCUCCAACUGGCCUGGACACCGAAAACCCUAUGGCCUGGGAGAGGGACUUGACUCUCAAUUUUUCUUUCUUACAAAAACUGAUUGUUUUUUCCCAUAAAUAUUUUUACUUCUGAGGACUAGAACCAGUUUGUUUUGGGCCUUUCUGCUGAAAAUUUGUCUCGUUUAAGAGGCAGCUAGGAUCUUUACCAUAUGUAUGAAUUUGUAUAAUUUCAUUUUGGAUAGGGAUAAACUUUCGCUUCUGAUAAAAGCCCAGAAUUUCAGCUGGUUCCUCAUAUUGCGUGUGUGUCUUGCUGUGGCCCCAUAAAAGUUGUGCUGAAAGGUUGUGGAAUGGCAUGUUGCUCGCCCUUUCUGUAGAGAGAGCAUACAGAACCUGGCCAUCUCUAGGACCUGCGUCCACGAAAACCACUAGCAGGAGAGCGUGAGCGAAGCCUCCUCGUGCCCCCUGCACGUCCGACACAGCUGUGUGCGAGCCCUGUUUAUAAAAGAGACGCUUUUCCCGCCAACACCCCCACACCACCACCCGGAAUGCCAGUCACACUCUGGUCUGCAGCCACUGGACCGUCCGUCCCCAUGGAGGCGGCACCUCUCCCUCCGCCGCUGCCUGAGGAAGGCUGCAGUUGCUCUGAGAGUCGUUUGGUUUUGGACGAUUACAUUUGGUUUCUCUUUCUAUUCUUUUGAUCCCCAUUCUCCCUAUCCCCCCCCCCCAUGUCCCCAUGUACAAUAACUAUACAGAGACUGCUACAAAUUUGUAUAUAGUUUUUGGAUCAAAUAGCAUGAGGAAGUGGGGGCCACUAAAAACGAGGCUCCCGCUCUCCUUUGCUUUGUAAAUUCAGAAGUGGGGGUGGGGCAGAGGGAUAGUUACAAUGUUUACAAAACUUUAAGCUCCCUCGGAACUUUUGCCAGUGUGGAGGAAAAUAAAGAGAACUUAAAUAAAGCCCGGUGGUCUUCUGUCCAA